AUGGCCGGAGACAAGCCCGUGAUCGAGAAGGCGGAGGCGGCCGUCGAGAAGGCGGAGCAGGCCGUCGAGAAGCCCAUCCACAAGCUUGCCGAAGAGGAUGCCGACUCGACCGACUCCAACGUCCGUUAUGCCGCCUACCUGCGCCGGAUCCGUGACGUUGCGCGUGCCGGCUCGCGCUACACUGCGUACACUUCCGACAUUGGCGAGGCGUUCCGUCCCGUCGUCCCCCCUGGUGUUGUCACGGCCGCGUACGCCAUCUCGUGGGCGUACCUGAUCGGAGACGUGUCGUUCACGACGUACAAGGCCAAGGAGCAGGGUCCGACGCCGUGGGAGGCUGCCAACUUUUCCGAGCCGACCCGCCUCGGUCUCGUCGCGACGAAGCGCAGUGUCUUCCAGGCUGUCGCGUCCAUGGGUCUGCCCGCGCUCACGAUCCACACGGCGGUGAAGCAGGCGUCCAAGCUGUUCGCCAACUCGGCCAAUGCGUCGCUCAAGCGCUGGGGCCCGACGGCUGUCGGUAUCUCCAUCGUCCCCGCCCUGCCGUACCUGUUCGACCACCCCGUGGAGGUCGUCACGGACCAGCUGUUCGACAAGAUCGAGCACGCCAUGGCAAAGCACCCCGACAACAUCGUCCCGGCCCAGACGGCCACUGAGGCCGCACUAAGGGCCAACAACCUCGCCACCCUCGACGAGAAGCGCAAGGUUUAA